AUGGCCGCCCCAAAGCUCGGCCUCUAUUUCCGCCCCCACUUCCGGGUGGGCCAAAAGGCUGUAUACCUGUACGCCGCACUUCCCCGGGCCUCAAACCCACGCACACACGUCUCGCCCGCACCGCAUACACCUCCGCCGCACACCUCCGCAAACCCACCCCCGUCCAAUCUAACACGCACAACCACCACCCCCCAUAUACCUGCAGCUGCUAACGCGCCAUCCCUCCCUCGAACCCGUAGGCCCGACUUCACCAUCACCCUCCUCCGCUCGUCCUUCCUGCCGCCCACCUUCGCCAAGUUCAUCGUGCCGCUGAAGCUCAACAAGCUGGAUAUGCGCGACUACCUGUGGCACGCCUACGGCGUCAAGGUCACCAAUGUGCGCUCCUUCGUGCAGCAGGCAAAAAUCCGCCAGGACGACCCCGCCCGCAAGCGCGCCAUGCCGCGCCGCUGGUACCGCGGGCCCUCGAUCAAGAAGAUGACGGUCGAGAUGGACAAGCCCUUCGUCUGGCCCGAUGAGCCCGAGGACUGGGCGCCAUACGGACGCGACUUGUACCGAGCAGCAGAAGAGUUCUCGGAAAAGGAGCAGGCGAAAAUGAUGCCGGAAGCGGCCUACGACGGGCCGAGAGACGCACCAACGUUACGCGAGCAGGCCGAGCGGUUACGCAGUGGCGCGGAGGAAUGGGUGCCGGGCCGGAUUUAA